AUGAAAACAGGUCAUUCUUCCAGAAUGCCAGAGGAAAGUUCGCCAAAGCGGAGUCCUCAAAACAUCCCGUACAAGGACCUGCCCCAUAUCAUCAAUGCUGAUGGGCAGUAUCUCUUCUGCAGGUAUUGGAAGCCAGCAGCAACUCCCAGGGCCCUCGUGUUUAUCGCUCAUGGCGCUGGGGAACACUGCGGCCGCUAUGAUGACUUGGCCCAGAGGCUGACAGGACUUAACUUGUUUGUUUUUGCCCAUGACCAUGUUGGCCAUGGACAGAGCGAGGGUGAUCGUAUGGUUGUCUCAGAUUUCCACGUCUUCAUCAGGGACAGCUUGCAGCACAUUGAUCUCAUGAAGAAAGAGCACCCCGAGCUGCCCAUUCUCAUUCUGGGGCACUCCAUGGGGGGAGCCAUCUCCAUUCUGACAGCUAGUGAGAGACCCAGUGAGUUCUCAGGCAUGCUGUUAAUCUCUCCUUUAGUGGUAGCCAGCCCAGAAGUCGCCACUCCCAUCAAGGUUUUUGCAGCGAAAGUGCUCAACUUUGUUCUCCCAAACCUCUCACUGGGAUCGAUAGAUCCAAAUGCAAUUUCCCGGAACAAGAAGGAGAUGGAGUCUUAUACAUCCGAUCCCUUGGUCUACCACGGUGGCAUGAAGGUCUCCUUCGUCAUCCAGCUGAUGAAUGCCAUUGCCAGAAUUGAGCGAGCUCUGCCCAAGCUGACUUUGCCCAUCCUGGUGCUACAUGUUUCCGACAAGCUCUGCGAUAUCAAAGGGUCCUAUUUACUGAUGGACACAGUGCAGAGUCAGGACAAAACACUCAAGGUGUAUGAGGAAGCCUAUCAUGCCCUCCACAAAGAGCUGCCGGAGGUCUCUACCUCUGUCUUCACAGAAAUACUGACAUGGAUUGGCCAGAAGGUCUCAGCAGCUGGGGAAACCAGCCAUACUUAA